CCCACCCACCCCCUCAUACACCCCCCCCCCAAAGUCUGGCUUCCUUUCUCCUCCAAUCCCCCUCCCCCCAACACAAGACUGUUCUUUUUCUAGACAAGUUUAAAAAAAUAAAAUAUAUAAUCUGUACAGGGUGCACCUGGGCUUGGGGGCUUUUGAAAACCGGUUGGAAAGAUUUUUAUAUUUUUAGAAGUGGAAACAGAGAAUCCCCCCCUUCCUUUCCCCUCUCUGAGUCCUCCAAGAACCCCUCCAGCCAGCAGCUCUUCUCCUGGUGGGGGGCUGCCUCCCUCCUUCCUCCCAAGUCAGUGUUCUGUUGUUCAGCUUAGUCGCCCCCUUCCCGUGACGGUCCCCCCCCCCGCCAGCCGGCGCAAAAAAACGCCCCUUCGGACGGGCCUUGGAGCCGCUUUCCUUAAAAAGGGGGUUAUUUCACCCCUUCUUUGCCCCCUCCCCCGUUUUCGUCCCGGAGAACGAGCCGAUCGCUGAUGUAGAGCCGCAGAGCGAAGGUCGCUUUCUCGUUUGCAAGAAAUAAAAAAGCUUAAAAAGACUCCGGAGCCCGCUUUCCUUACGCCUCGUCUUUUGGGUCUGGGGGCUGGCGGGGUAGAAGGGCGGGGCCUCGACGGCCUUGUCUUCCGGCUUAUUGGCCGGCCAGGUGGCGGGGGCGGAGCAGGUGGCCGGCCACGAGCGAUCGCGGAGCGGCAGCGUUUUUUUCCCUGGCCGGGUGGCCGGCACAGAAAACCGCAAUGAAGAGGCAGCCGACCGGGCGGGGGCCGGAGCCGAGAGCCGGCCGGGUCCUGACCAAGGCGGCCGAGUACGUGGGCUCUUUCGCCGUGGAAGACGCCGAUCUACCCCGGGCGGGCCAAGCGGUGCAUCAGCGGCUGCAGCUCCUGAAGGACUGUCCGCGGCGGCGCUCCGUCCUCCUGCGCUUCUGCCUGCAGGGGCUGAAGAUGCUCGGACGCGACGGCGAGGCUCCGCUCAUGGCCCACGCCCUCAAGCGCCUCGCCUAUAGCACCUGCCGGCCCGCCGAUCGCCAGUUCGCCUUCCUGGCCCGCAACCCGCGCGGCGCUCGCGGCAGCCUCUUCUGCCACCUCUUCGUGGGCGGGCAGCCCGGCGAGGUCCAGGCACUGCACUACCUCCUCUGCCGCUUCUUCCAGCUGGGCUACCUUCUCCUGCACCCCGAAGACCAGGACUGGUCCUCCUCCUCCGGCGGCUCUGCCCAGCGAGAUUCUGGGAAGUUGCUGGGCGCCUCUCUGGACAACCAGGUGGUCUGGGAGUCCCUCCGUCCCGAGGAGGUCUCCCAGAACGUCAAUGCCCUGGUGUCCUUCCGGAGGUUGCCCUGCCCCACAGAAUUUGGCACCUCGGUCAGCGUGAGAGAGAGGCUGGACCUGGAGGAAAGCAGCAGCAGCAGCGUGGGCAGCGCCCGUCCUGGAAACCCCUAUUGUUCCCCAAUUCUGGUGCGCAAGAAAGCCAUUCGCAGCAAGAUUCUCCGUUCUGGGGCCUACCGAGGUUGCACCUUUGAGGCAGCCUCUCAGCAGGGCGCCUGGGAAGGAUUUUCCUUCAGCUGUGAUGGCAGAGGGAGCCUGCUUCACCUGCCAGAAAAUGAGAACGAUUUGAGGGAGAGUGUGUGGUCCUUUGCGGGCAUCAGCAGAGAUGCCGGCCUGGCCCUGCUAAGGAAUGACAUGCUGGGGGCUUUCCUUCUGUGGGCCGAGUCUGGAUCCACCCAUCAGUGGUGUCUAGCAGUGAGGACCUGCUGCGGCGUCGUUCCAUAUCAAAUUUACCGCAGCCAGCUGGGAAAGUACUCAGUUGAGCAUUUGAAUGUAGAAUUCCCCAGUAUGGAAGCCUUGUUAGACAAUUACUCCGGGGUUCGUGCAGGCCUGUUCUGCUCCUUGGGCGCAGGAAGAAUCAACCAUUGUUAUGAGGAGCAGGAGGAUGCGGCCGAGGAUCUCUGGGGAGAAGAGCGAAGUCGCCGGAAGUCCUCAUGGCUGUUUGGGGCCAGUCGGUCUCUGGCUGUGCAGCAUGAGGUGGAGGGAUGCUCAGCCGGGGCCUUCUCUUAGCGUUCCUGCCACCUGAAGAGGACAGAGACCGUGGUUGACCAUUCCUGCUCACUCCGUGGCUUGGCUUUGUUGUGAUUCUUUUUUGGAGUUGUGCGCAGAGGGUGCCCUUCCUCUCGUCGUGUCGUAAUUCAGGGUUUCUUCCCGCCAUCAGAGGGCUGAUGCACGAGUUGGCUGGGCCUCCACACCCGAUCUAGGGAGUGCCAUGGGGUAGUCUUGGGCUGACAGCACAUUGACCAAUUGGUUGGGAGGGGGGUCAGCUUGAAGGGCAGUAAGCCUCCCUGCCUUUGCACUCCUGGCCGAUUCUUCUCCAGUCUGCAUUGGGGGGAACCUUUGAUCAGGAGCCUGGAUUUCUGCGUCGUCUGUUUAGUGAUGCACCCGUGCCCUUAUUUAUAGGAAGCUGAAUGUAAAAUGUAUGUGAGUAAUUUAUUGGAAACAAGUGUAUUGUUUUCUCCGGGCUGCUGUGUUCAGUGGUGAAAGAUGCAUUGCUUAUAUUUAACAGAUGCAAAACCGUUUGUACAGGGAUGUCCUGCAAUCAAAUAUAUAUAAAUAGAUCUAUAGAUAUAUAUUUGUAUUUCAAAUGCAAAGUCUGCGCGUCAUUUUCUUCCCCCUCGUGGGGAGCCGAGAAAGCGACCCGGGCGCGCCUCCGUUACUACGGCAACGAUCGCUCCCCUCGGCGAUCCAUUAGCCCAUUCCACGCUGCCUGCGUGCCGAUUGGCUCUUGGCAAUAGAAGGGGCGGGGCGACGUCCGCCUGGCGCAGCGAGCGCCGAGCGUUCGAUUCAUUGAGCGGAGGGACGGAGGUGUCUCCUUUUCAUUAGCUCACGCGGACGGACGGGCCCCGCC